AGAGAAGGUGAGAGCGGUGUUUCCACACGGACAUAUUUGAGUGUGAAACACCAGAGCAGGAGGAGGAGGAGGAGGAGGAAAAAGAGGAGGAGGAGGAGGAGGAGUCCCGGUUGGAGCAGAUCCAGAGUCAGAUGACCAUCAUCAUUUCCAUCCCUGUAUUUAACGCUUUUUUAACUAUAUGUUUUUUAUUUUCCACCUGACAGUUUGUUCGAUGCAGAGUUUUCACUUCCGCUCCUGGUCCUGACGUCACUGCAUCAAACCGCACUGUCAACAGUGUGUGGCCCACAUGGGCAGCGUCCUGGCUUUAUCCUCCGGUCCGGGCCAUCGGAACUGGCCCUUCUCCACGGACCCCCCUCCGUCUCGCUGGGACGCUCAUCCUGCCUACUGGGACAGUCCCCCGCGCUGGGAGAGGAGGGACGGACGUCUGCCCAACCCCGGCAGCUUUCACUCCCUGCACAGGAGCUGCAAAGAUGUUUUCCCGCAGCAGAUCGAAGGCGUCAAGAUGAUCCUCAACAAAACCCUCAGCAGCUUCUUCAAGGUCAGUCACACGCUGCACCUCAGCGCGGUCAGUCCGUCCUACUACCGUUUCCACGUGGAGCAUCUGCAGUCCGACGACGACGGCAAAGACAAGGACGCCCCGGCGUUGAUCGGUGAGAUGGACUCCUCGGGAAGUCUGAACGCUCACGCUCUGCUGCACGUGACGGAGCGGGUACGAGCCAGGACGGUCUUCCAGACUCAACAGUCUCAGUUCGUCACCUGGCAGUUUGAGACGGAGUACAGAGGAAACGACUUCACCGCCGCCGUCACAGUCGCCAACCCCGACGUCCUCCGAGAGUCAGUUAUCCUUGUGGCCCACUUCCUCCAGAGCGUGUCGUCUGGGCUGGUCCUCGGCGGGGAGCUGGUCUACCAUCGAGGCCGAGCAGAGGAGGGCGGGAUCCUCACCCUGGCGGGACAGUACUCUGGUCCAAACUGGACGGCAACACUGAACGCUGGGAAAGGGGGCGCUCACGCCAGCUACUACCACAGAGCCAACAAACAGAUCCAAGUGGGAGUGGAGUUUGAAGCCAGCACCAGGACCCAGGAGACCACCACCUCCUUUGGGUACCAGAUGGAGCUCCCAGAGGCCAACAUGGUGUUCAGAGGUAUGAUCAACAGCCGGUGUAUCAUCGGGGGGGUGCUGGAGAAGCGUCUGACUCCACUUCCUGCCACCCUGGUCAUGGGAGCGUUCGUGAACCACAGAGGAGACAAACUGCAGGUGGGACUGGGGGUCCACGUGGGCUAGACCUCCAGGUCAGGUCCCACUGGUCUGGACCACACCUGGAUCUGGAGGUUGUUUUAUGGACCAGUACCUACCUCUGAGGAUGACGAUGAUGAUGAAGAUGAUGAUGAAGAUGAUGAUGAAGAUUAAGAUGAAGAUGAUGAUGAAGAAGAUGAUGAUGAUGAUGAAGAUGAUGAUGAUGAAGAUGAUGAUGAUGAAGAUGGAUUAUCAGACUGGAUCUGAGCCCCUGGUCUGGACCGGAACCAGAACCUCACAGUACUGUGUACUUUGAUCCUGCAGUAACUGUGUACAGAGUUUUUAACCCAUUAUUGACCACUUUAUUAACUGACCUGUUGUUUGACUGCAGCCCCCCCACUUCCCCCCCCCAGAGUACGUGAAGGUA